AUGGGUUCUAAAAAGAAGAAUACUGGAAGACAACCUGUAAACAAAGUGGCAUCCAAUAUUAGUGCACCUGCUCGCAAUCUACCUAAAAAUGAUUUAGGUGGAGUUAUCUUUGGGUGUAAAGAUCAUACCAUCCGGGAAUGUUUUUCCAAGACGUUAUUUGGAUUGCCAGCUCCUCAUUUUGCAUAUGUGAAGAAGAUAAGUCCUGGGCUUCCCCUUUUUCUUUUUAACUAUAGUGAUCGGAAGCUUCACGGUGUAUUUGAGGCUGCUCAUCAUGGACAAUUAAAUAUUGAUCCACAUGCAUGGACUGGUGGUAGUGUAGAGCUCACAAAAUAUCCUGCACAGGUGCAAUUUAAUGUCAACAAGAGGUGCCCUGCCUUGACAGAAAAACAGUUUUCGCCCAUCAUCGCGAAUAACUACUAUGAAACGAGGCACUUUUGGUUUGAGCUCGACCGGUUCCAAACUGCCAAGCUGAUCGAGUUGUUUUCAUCUUCAUGCUCAGUGCCUUACGAUGGUCUUCAUCACUCUCAUCACAAUAUUCUAACAACUCUUCUGACCACUGAAGCAAGCACCUCUGGCCAACAGACAACAUGGAGUUCACUGUUCAAAGAUAAUUCCACUUCUGAUAUGACGAACAAAUUUGGAAAUUUGAAGAUCACCCCACAUCCAAAUUUCCCCUCAUCAGAGCAACCGAAUGAGGAAUGGAACUCAUGGACCUCAGAGGAGUGGGCUGAGAGGCAUAAUAUUCAACCAUUGCUGGAGACUCCUGGACCUUCUGUGGGCCGAGACUAUUUAGGGGACCAAAGUUCCAUCUUAUCAGAAAAUUCUGAUAUGUUGUCUGUCGUAGCAAAGGCAAGUUGA